AAACUUGUGUCAGUUUCCAUUGGGACGUUGUAUAGUACGGAACUCUCUUUUAUAUACAGCAUAUCGUAUAUUAUUAUCGAACAAACACGAGUGAUAGAGCAAUUAUUUAAUAAACAAAAUAAUAUUCAUUUUGCAAUUUAACAUCCGACACACACCAUUGAAAAACAAUAUUAAUUGUUGUUGUUUUGAUUUUUCACUUAACCGUGAGAAUUUUGAUUCAUCGCAAAUUUUGAGAGAUUGGUGAACGAGUUGUUGCAAUCUUAAAUUUUCUUACAACAUCUAGAAAAAUAUUAAUAGGGGUGUAGGGAGAAGGGGAAGGAGAGAAGAAAAGUUUACAAAAAAAAAAAAAAAGUAAGUGGGGAAAAUUAAAAAAAAAACAAAACCAAAAAAGCCUGUGAAUGUACGCCGAAAAAAUGAUGCACGCCAUGAGCGAGCACGCCGGCGGUGCAACCGGUCUCGGUGUUGGUGUUUUACCAUUCGAUGCAAUGGCACUUUACGAACAACCAAGGCCUCGUUAUGCAUUAAAAAUGCCACGGGUUGUACCAGAUCAAAAAGCAAAGUUCGAAAGUGACGAACUAUUUCGAAGACUCAGCCGUGAAAGCGAGGUAAGGUACACCGGAUAUCGUGAUAGGCCUAUGGAAGAACGUCAAGUGCGUUUUCAAAAUAGUUGCCGUGAAGGGCAAGUCGAUAUAGCAUUUGCAGCAACCGGAACUAAUUUACAAAUUGUUUUUGGUAAUGCUUGUGGAAAUUACCCACCUGAUAGAAGAGAGGAUUGUGAUUUUGAUAAGGAACACGGCAAGGUACACCUAAGAUCCCAUUUGAUUAUGAACGGUGUUUGUGUACGAUGGCGUGGAUGGAUCGACCUUGAUAGAUUAGAUGGUGUUGGUUGUUUGGAAUACGAUGAAGAAUUGGCUGCCGAGGAAGAUGCACAUUUGCGCAAUCAAUUGGAAGUUUACAGCAGACGUGGUCGCGAUUUGCACGAGAAAAGUUACAGGAGUGGGACAGCUCAAGCACCACAUUUAAAUCAUCACCAUCUUCAUCAUCAUCAGGGUCAUCAUGUGACUGGUACAGGUGGUACGGGUACUACAAGUGCUGGUAUUGAACCACAUAUGACCCAUCGACAAGACCCAGAAAUGGAAGUCAGGCUUAGAGCUUACUGAGACUUAUCGACAUCUCAUAAAUAA